UUAUUUCCAUAACAUCUUAUUGUUGCUGGGUUUGUUUAUACGUGCGCGGGGUGGGGCUAGUCCGGAAGUCUCGCGAUAUGCCGCUCCGGUGAUUUUACCCCGAACUGCUUGGAUACUAGUUUCACUCGAAACAUCAACACAGUUACCCGGGAAAGGUAUUAUUACAUGGAUUAUUAACGCCUGUCUUUUGAAAAACAUCUCAUCUGUCAUAUUUAAUUACGGUGGACCAAUUUAAAAAUCACAUUGAGUGCAUGUCACUAGAAAAAGUUCUUCGCCUAGUUGGCAUAAGUACUAGCUAACAUCGGUUUGCUAAUUUAGCUGCUAACGUUAGCGCACAGUCAGCUGAGCAAGUCGGAAGAAGUUUGGAUUUCGCCAAUAUGACGGGAUUAUAAUGGACAUGGGCGUCUUUAUUCUUCAUCGUACCAACUAAAAGAUCUCCUUGCAGGAGAGGAUGAGGAGAAGCCAGAGGGUGGAAGCAGUCAUACAGUCGUCUGGCCCAAAUCUCAAAGCCAAUGAUGUCAGUGAUGAGCUAACAUCUGCAUGGAAAGGCUUGGCACAGUCCAAAGCUGCUUUGCGGCAGAUAGAGAACAAACUUGAAGCGGGUCCGGGAUCAGGGGUUUUAUUGGAAUCUAUUAAGGUGCCCUCCAAAAAAAAAUCCUUGAAAAAGGAUCAGAGCAAAGAUGGACAACAAUGUGAUCAAAAAGAAAAAAACACAAAAAUGAGAGGUCGCAGUUCACAAAGUCCAGAAAAGUGCAACACUCGCGGCCCUCUUCAGAACUCCACGCAGGAGAACACAACUCGCAACAGUGUGGAAUUCAGGGAGCCAUUAGCCUCCUACAGAGAGGCCACCCCUCAGCCACAUCCCUCCUCUCCUCCUGACCUCUCCAGUCUGCAGUCAGCACCAGGGUCUUCGUACUCAUCCCAGCCAUCUAAUUCAAAUUCUGCUCUGAGUCAUCUUGUUUACCAGAGAGACACCAGGGACAAGCAGACUGACAGGGACUUGGACAGCACACACUCCUCCACUAUGGAACGUAUGGAGAUCCGCUACCUCAAUGACCUACCAGCCCUGGACACAAUAAGGACUAAUCUGCCCCACUCCAGGGCACUAACUAGAGAAGCCCUACAGUCAAACAGCUUUCUCAAAGCACAACUUCUACAGAGCACUGACAGCAAAGACAGUGGAAGUACCCCAUCCACUAGUCCUGGUUCAGCUUCGCAACGCUUGGAAAACCUAAGACGUCAUCAACCUGAUGAUAAACUGGAAAAACUAAAAGAGCGGAUUCGGAAGCAGAGACAACAUCUCGAGGAGACUGCUGAGAAAGAAAAGUCUGGUAGUUAUUUAGAACAGCCACUUAUUACAAAUGGCAACUGUGGUACUUGCACCAUUCCGACAGUGAAAGUACGGAAAGUAGCAACUGCACCAUCUGCACCUAUUUAUAAAGGCUUCAAUAGUACUGAAACAAAAAUACAGACUCCAGAUGGAAAAAUCUGGCAUGAAGAGGACUUUCACAACUUCAGUAGAGAAAUUUAUAAAGACCUGUCUCGACAGUUUGAAGAAAGCACAAAAUCACAGCUUCAGAGAGGACAGAGAGAUCUUUCUAAAGAGAGAAAACCUCAUAAACCUGUGAGAAAAGUGCAAAAAAUUGCCCCUGCCUCUGAAUUUGCAAAGCCAGUAAUAAGUCCUGCUUCAUGGCGAGAAGGCCAGAAGCUUGUAAAGAUGGUACUAGGCAAAGAUCCCACUGUAACAACUGAGGUGUUCCAAAAGACUAGGAGAAAAAAUCAAAAGGGUCCCCACUAUAGAUCCAGUUCAGAUCCAUGUGCAGAACUAAAUCGACCAAAGUGUCCUCAAAAUACAGCAAAGAAACAAGAGAGCAAUGAAUUUCAGAAUAAUGCAAAAACCUCUUCUACAGCAGUGCAAGAACCAUCUCCUGUACGUGUGGGUACAGACAUGUUGUCAGUAGACAUCAAGGGGAUACUGGACGACCUCCAGCUCGAGUGCAAAACUACAGAAAGCAGUGAGCGAGCCAGAGGCACAUCCCGACGGGGGGCGAGUCACAGACAAGGCCGUGGGAGUUCGGGCUCAAGAACAAGGGCUUCUGUCUCUACAUGGACAACUACAUCAACACGAGUGUGUCGUAGUGCUAGUCCAUCCAAUCAAUCAAGAGCUGUCAAUCGAGUGGAGGCAGGACAGAAAAAGCGCCACUAUGAUGCAGAUACAGUUCGUCAAUACAUCGCCCAACAACAAGAAAAGAGAAAAAGGCAACAGGUGGAAGAAAGGAACGCACUGAGGCAGGAGGCAGAGAAGAGGCAACAGAGACUGCAGGAGCUGUACAGAAAGCAGAGAGAAGUUGCCAAAACAGUGGCCACUAGCACUGCAGCUCCUGCUCAAAUGCAACUACAAGAGACCUUCAACAAACUGCUGCUGGAAGGAGCACAACUGAAGCAGGAGGCUGCACAAAUGAAACCAAUGUACCAACCGUCUGGAGAGUCCGAUAAAGAAAAUAUAAGAUUGGAACAAGCUCAAAGCCCAUCGAGCAGUGACCGAUCUUUAAAUCACCCCCCUGUCUCCAGAAAUGAUUUUGCUUUUGAAGAAGCCUCAUCAGCACACCUUGAACAUUUAAUACCUACAACUCAACCCGUGACUGGUCCUGUGUGCAGUAAUGAGCAUCUUCUUUCUCAGCUUCUCAGACUAGAGAGUGCAAUAGCUGCAAGUGAAAAGCAGACUAAACGCCAUAACACUGCACCUACUCAUUCACCAGACAAGAUGUCUCGCAUUGAAGCCCUGAAGGCCACAGCCAUGUCCUUGUCCAACCGUAUAGAGAGUGAAGCAUCUAAGCUUGCUGGGGAGGGUUUUAAUUAUGGAUUAACAACCGCUGUGGAUAUGGACACCAUACUGGCACCAAGGUCCUCGCACACUUGUGGUGCAAUUGAAAGUGAAAACAUGGCUUUCAGUACUGAAAGAAUGUCUGGAGCCAGAACUAUGUACAGUUGGACAGGUUUUCCCGAACAAGAUUUUGUUCUCUUUAAGGCUUCAACAGAAAAGAAUGGCAGGGUCAACAGCUGGACUUGCCCAAAAUCAAGCUCCGUUCCACAUAAUGUUUUUUUUCAAGACACGAAGUGGUUGGCUAAUGAUGUGGAGGAAAAUCCAAAGACAAACAGACAACAGUAUGAAGCACUGUGUAUAGAUGGCAAACACCCAGAUGGCCAUGAUAGCUCAGGGUCCAUCAGUGAGGGUCCCUUAAGUGAAGGGAGUGUCAUUGAUGGCAACCACAGUCCUCCUCCGCUGGCAAAUGCAUUUAGGCCUAUUGGCCACCAGGGGGCAAUGCAGCAUUCUGUAAGAAAAAGUCACCAACAUCUGUCAGAGUUCCAAAAGGAUGCUGAGAAAUGUGCAGCUCUCACCUCACUACUCGCUCAUCAGGAAAACUCAAAACCUGCCUGGGAAGAAUUUAACAAAGGAAGCCCUUUAAGUGUCAUUAAUAUUUUCACCAAAAGCCUCCAAGGAAAUGUUAAAGCUGGAGACAUAUAUUCAGAGAGGAACUCUCCUGCACAUUUGCUGCCCUCAGGCAGUCAUGUUACAGAUUUACAUUAUGAGAAUGACUUUGUGUCAACUCAAGGCAGUGGAGCCAGUGGCCAAAGGGACGUCAAUGCAUUGAGUUCUAAUAACCAUAAUGAAGAGCUGUUGAGGCGAUCUACAGGAGACAGUACACAUAAUUCAUCUGUACAUUCGCCACAGCGUUCCUCUUGCUCCACACCUGGGUCUUCGCCUCGUUCAAAGAAUUCUAACAAAAUAAGAAGCAAGAUUUCAGAUCAGAGUGAUGCAACUUUGAUGGAGGAGCACAGAAGUUCUCCUCCUUCAGAAGUACUAUCAUCUGAAUAUAGAAAAAGGGACUUCAAAAGAAGCUCUGAGCACAGCCAAAUGACUUCAGAUGACAUCUCUGGACUUUCUCACCAAAGUUCUGAUGUGGUCAAGAAGAUGUCUCCGCCAUCCAAAGUUAGGCAAUCCCCUCUUGGAUCUCUGGAACAUAGUUCUGUGGAGUCAGACUCUUUUAGUGAACCCUUUAGGAGAAGCUCUCCAGAAAAGGCAGCCAACACAAAUACAGCAGCGUACUCUGGCUCGGCAGAAGUCAAGGCAUCAGGUCAAUUACAAUAUUCCCCUGCAGUUCUACAGCAGCGGCUGGCCGCAGAACUCCAUUACCUGGAGUCCAUUGAAGAGUCUGUGCGGCAGCUGGGUGACAUAGAGCGACUGAUGGGUGUGUCUGUCGCUCAACAUGAAAGUGCUUCCUUGGCCCAAAUGCUUAAGGCCAAGCAACAACAUGAACAGGAAUUGUAUGAGUUAAAAAUCAAGACUGAGAGAGAGGCUCUUGAGACACGGCUGCAAAUGGAAGAAAACCGGCAAAGAGUUGCCCAGGCCCAUAUAGAACUGCAGGAAGGUUUGGCUGCAACUCACAAGGAGACCCUGGAAGGCCUCCAGGAGGCAACAACAAAGAUGAUGAGUCAACAGGCUGAGGCAGCACGGUACACAGCUGACACUGCCCGGCACAUCAAAGAAAUGACAGAAAUGGCACAUGCACAUUUGAUUACUUACAACCCUGCUUCUGUGCAUACAUCAGAACUACUGAAGGAAAAACCUCAUUCAAGGACCAAAGAUAAAGUCAAUUUGAGUUAUGAAUCAAGUAGAACCUUAACAGAUGAUCACCAUUCCAAUCAUUCUGACUCUGAAUCCAUCAGAAGUCUUGGACUCAGUGAACCUGACUCAAACUACCCCCACAGUUUAUCUUCUGAGCACAAGGAAAGGGUGCAUGAACCACCUAAAAAGUCUAAGUCUGAUGGAGCAGAGGGCAGCAUUUCCAUUGAGGAUGAGGUUCCUGCAGCUGCAAACGAAUCACUCUGCAGUAACGGUAUCCUAUCUGCUGUGGAAGAAAAAGGAGACACUACAUCAGUUGCAACAGAGUAUUCUCACAAGUUUGAGGAUUCAAUAACUGAAGAUGAGAUUGAAGAACGCUCCUUCCGCUCCUUGUUACCAUCUGAGGCUCAUCGCAGAGAGAGUUUGGACAAGAAAUUGCAGCACCAUGAUGAAUCAGAGGAAGAUGGUGCAUGCCAUAAUGGUACACCAGCUUUGGUGGCUCACAAUAUGCUAAAGCACCAGGAGGUAUUUUCAGCCUUCUCCGGAGGAAAGGACAGCUUCUCUCAUUUCACUAUGGAAAUGGUCCGUCAGCAUAUGAGGGAUGAAGAAGUCAGACUGCAGCAUCAAAGUGCAUUGCUGCGUCUCCGCCACAAAGCCCUCAAAGAAAAAACACGCACUGAACUGGCUUGGCUGGAACAUCAGAAGAGAAAGCUGAGAGACAAAGGAGAGGAUGAUAAAAUGCCUCCUUUAAAGAAGAAACAGAGAGGCCUUCUACUCAAACUUCAGCAAGAACAGGCGGAGAUCAAGCGGCUGCAGGAGGCCAACAAAGCAGCAAGAAAGGAGAGGCAGCUUCUUCUGAAGCAACAGGAGGAGAUCGAGAGAAUGAGGUCAUCCACUCUCAAACUCAAAGAACGCCUGAGGAGUGCCACCACUGAAGCACCAUCUGAGGCAUCUUUGUCCGAAGUGGCAUUUUCCAACUUGGAAAACACAGAUCUGAAUGUCCGGAGUCCUUCUCCCUCUGUUUCUGUAUCCGGAAGUGAGACAAGCAGCAUCAUGCAAAAGCUGAAGAAGAUGCGCUCACAAAUGGAUGAAAAGUUCCUUACCAAACGUGAGCAGCAGCUGAUGCAGAGGCGUCGCCAUGCUGAAGAACUCCUUCAAUGGAAGCAGCGACUGGACCAGGAGGAAGCAGAAGUUCGUAAGAUGGAGAAGAAGGCUCUAGCUGCAUGGGAUGAGAAAACAUCCAGUAAUAAAGGACAUGAUUUGUCAGAGAGUGAAAAGGACUUCAACACAAGUCAAAAACAAAAAGGGGAUGCUGAUCUCUCCUCAGCCACACCAGAGUCUAGUAUACACACUGAUGUGGACCCGCAACAAGAGGAAACCUCCAUCCAAAGCAGUCCAGCUAACUACACUGAUGACUUUACCUCAAUAUCCCCUUCACCAAACAGACAAUCUGCCCAGAAGUCAACAGUCAAAGGAAGUGUUGAUGCUUCUCCAUCAGAACAUGACCAUAUUUCAAAACAGAGAGACACCACUGGCAGCGCUAUCACUAAACAAACUGAACACAUUUCAGACCAGAGUGACAUAGAGAAUCGCAUAAGGGCCCUCAAGGAAGAACUAAAAAAGCGAAAGUUCACUGCCUACCAGCUGAAAAAAGAACAAAAGAAGAGGACCAAAGAGCGGCUGAAAGCAAAAGAGGCCAACCUACUGAAGCAGCUGGAGACUUACGACGACUUUAUUGAGAAGACCAAAGCAGAGCUUAAAAAACAGCCAUACUCAACACCAGAUACCACGUCCCAAGUCACAGAUGUUGUCUCCCAUAAUACAGAGCAUUCUAGUGAUAAGACACGUCACAGAAAAACCUCUGAAUCUGUCCAUAAAGCUCUAUCUGAUCAAAGUAGAUCUACAUCUAUGAAUUCAACAAUUUCAGAUGAAGAACCACCAACAGUGACAUCAACUCCGAGACCUGACAGUCCUGACCUCACCCUUACCCCAAAAAAUACCCAAGCACAGGCACAAGAAUCACUACAUCACAGUGUCACUUCUGAACAUGAAUCUGAAAUGCAGAAAGAACUAAAAUUAGAAAUUAGUAAAUUAUCUGAGGAUCAAGACUCCAAGUAUCUGCUUAAGCUAGACAGGGAAAACAAAAUGAACACAGCAUCUGAAUUCAUAAAUCGUCAGUCUCCAUCAUUCAGCCAAGAACUUGAACCCUCCAGACCUCCACCUGCACCUAUAGAUGGGUUUGUAGCAGCAGACCUUCCAACACACAUCUCAUCCAGUCCACUCUCCCAUGAGGAAACUUCCAAAAAGGACAGUAAGCUUUCACAUCCUCUAGCUAACAGUUAUGACACCUUUGAGUCCUCAGUUGAUACAUUGCUGAGGGAAAAUAAUUCAGCUGUACAGCCGGCUGCUGAAAAGUCAUUUAAGGAUUCAGAUCAAACCUCUCUAAAGAAGGAUGUACCUGCUAGGGCUGCAGGUUAUGACAGUCAUGAAGAAGAGAUAGAGGAGGAAAUACCCAAGGAUCUCAGUGGACUUUCUGUAGCGAGUAAUCAUAGUCACCAGUUUAUAGAUGUGUUGGAUGCCCAGGUAAAAGAAGAGCUUAAGGCUGAUAGCAGAAACACAGAAGACACUAAUCAUUUAGCAUCUGUAACUCCUGUAGUCACAGAUGAAAUGCCAUGCUUUUGUAUUGGGGACCGUGUUGUUGUCAGUGGAGUUCAGCCUGGUACUUUAAGAUUUAAAGGCUCGACCAGCUUUGCUAAUGGCUUUUGGGCCGGUGUGGAGUUAGACAAGUCUGAAGGAAGCAACAAUGGCACUUACGAUGGAGUGUUGUACUUUGAGUGUGCUGAAAAACAUGGCAUUUUUGCUCCUCCUGACAAAGUCACUCAUCUCACAGAUAAGUUUGAAAUGUACAUGGACACUACUGAAGACGAUGACUCAUUUCACGAUGACAUGUCAGAGGAAGAAAACCAACAACAUCAAACAAAAGAACCCAGAUCUCAAACUGAACAUUUUGGAAAUAAUCUGAUGUAUUUGAGGGACUUAGGAUCAGGAGAUACAAAGAGCGCUCAUGAUUUACAGCAGCUGGAUAACACUCUCUAUAACUCUGAGCCACAUGAACAUCCUGUACUUAAUGGAACAAGCAUCUGGGGUUUCGAAGAUGUGUCUCCCACUCCCCUCAUAGAGAACAAUGAAAAGGUUCACUUGAGCACACAAGCUAAGAAGGAGGUUACUAACCUUGUUGAGAAAUUAGAUGUGGAGCUCAACCAUCAGCUCGUGGUGUCUUCAGACUUGAAGAGUGAUGAGGGGCUGAAGGACAAACUUGGCUCAUUGGCGGAUAAAAUGCUGGAUAACUUUGUAAAAGACACUGUGCUGCAAUUUGCAGAACUAAAAAAAUCAAAGGCCAAAAAGAUACAUGAUGCCUGUCAAACCAAUGGAAAUGUGUUUGAAGGAGUUGAAGCAGCUUUGGCUUCCUCAGUUGAUCAGAAAGAUGACCUGCCUUUUUUUCUGACUCAAGAAAAGGAGGAAAUGUCUUCUCCUGAUCUGUGCAAUCGUCCAGAAAGCCCUGUACUGGGACUGAGUGGGCAAGAGGAGCUGGCCAAGCGUUUGGCCGAACUGGAACUGAGUCGAGAGCUGGACGUGUUUGGUGAUGAUCAGGACUGGUUUGAUGAGGACUAUGGCCUCAGCUCUCGUCGAGAACAACAGAGGCUUAAACAGAAACAGAGGGAGGAAGAGGAGCAGGUCAAGCUCGGGGGUCAUUUUGGAAAGACUGUCCCUUCACCGGGAGACCAGGAGGUGAAGACUCCCCCUAGACCUGAGCUUCCUCACCCCAUGCCCCCCAAACUGCCCGAGGAGCCUGCUAUGGUGGUGCCCCACUCGGCUGCAGAGAUAGAGAAGAUGACCCAUGCUGCAGCUUUGGAAAUCUGGAAAACCUGUGGCCUGGAGGAGGGAGCUACAGCCCUCACACAACAGCAAAAGCCCAACCCCUCCCAAGAAUAUAUAGGUGAAGAGCCCAGCAGUGAGGACCAGGAAGCUGUCUGUCUGCAUAGCUAUAAAAAGGCUGUGUUUGAUCUGACAUGGGAGAUCCUUCAGGACAUCUUUGCUGAAGAUCCCAAUGUUGACCAACCGCAGUGGGUUAAGCCGCAAAGAGUCAAGUCUUCAUCUUUUCACAAAGUGAGAACAGCAGGAGAAAUCAGCAGAAUCCAGAAAUUUGUUACUACUGAAGUACUGAAGUUGUAUGGUCUCGCAAAGGAUCAAUACCAAAGAACCGACUGGCCAAAAAUGCUCAAAUUUGGCCGAAAGAAGAGAGACAGAGUAGAUAAUAUUCUGGUGCAGGAGCUCCAUGAGGAAGAGUCCCAGUGGGUCAAUUAUGAUGAAGAUGAGCUGUUUGUCAAAAUGCAGCUCGCAGACAGCAUCUUUGACGCUUUGCUCAAGGACACAGCAAAUGUGCUCACUCAGAUUUAUGACAAAAGGGCCAGAAGAGAAAGUGUUUCCUGAUAACAUUCACUGCAAAAAUACAAUGUGUAACAAUAAUGAUACUUUCCUAAAUCCAGUGAACAAGCAGUUUAACUGCUUUGUUCUCCAGCUGUUAUGUGCCAUUGUGAGCCCUCAGAUGCCUUUUAGACUCAGCGUUACCUCUCUACGUAGUUUUUAUGAUAUCUUUGCUGGAAAACCCUUGUAGUAUGUGAGCAUUUUUAAACACAAUCACCUCACACCACUCAGCUUUUUAAUAUCCCUUUAUUUUCAUGAAGUUGCUGCUGUUUCACAUUUCAGACUUUUCACAAUAAUUUACGACUUAACUUUUGUAGACAUGUAAGAAAAAAAAAAAAACUUAACUUUUCAUAAUGACAACCAGUGUAAAUGUAUAAUGCCAUUUUUGGUGUUAUUACUGUAAAGAAAUAUCACAGUUUGUCAAUGGCUUUACUCUGAUAAUAGAUACUAGGAAGAUCAGCUAAGUGGAAGGAUAAAGAAAGUCCAGAAAAUAAAUAUGAUCUCAAAAGUUAAUUUAAUUUUUACACUGGUUGUCUUUGUCAGUCUCUAAAAGGUUAGAUGAUCAUAAAAAAAAAUGUAAGUGGACAGGAAAAAAAACUAUUUGUCAACUGCCCUGUGCCACUCUAUUUACGGUAUACAGUAGAGGUAAACAAAUGUCUGUAGAAUAAUAUAUUUUUUCCAGAUGUAUAGAUUUUAAUAUUUAGUGUUGAACUUGAUCUUAAAAUUAUAAAGUACUGUGUAACUGGAAAAGCACAAAGAUUAAUGCGAAUGUGGCAAUAAUAUGAUGUAGCCAACACGGUUAUUGAGAGCAAAUUUAAUAUUUAUUCAUAGGCUUGGCCCUUCAUAAUAUAAUCUGGUUGUGAACAUAUUUUGGACUAUUUUAUUAAUAGAUCAACUUUAUUUAAAAAUGUAGAUAUAAUAUUUAUCCCACAUGGACCUGAAAUGUUCACUAAAGAAAAUAAUCAUAAUUGGAGCACAAUAUAUUUUCUUAUGACUGGACAUUGUUGCAUAAUAGUCAUGUGUGUGACCUCAGUUAGCACACUGAGUACAUGUUACUAGCACAGCAUUGUGACCGGUCACUCAGAAGCCUAUUAGAGUUUCCACUGCAGACUUCUACCUUUUGAAGCAUUAAAAAUCUCCAUAUAUUAUGUCUUCAUAGCUACUGCUUUUCCCAUUGCCUUAACAUUUUGUGUAAGCAGCAAUAUAUAGAUAUAGACCUAUAGAUAUCCUUAUUCCCAUCACUACCCCCUGGUCAACCCUGCCUCUGUCUCUUUAAAUAGUGAACACAGUGGAGCCAUUGUAUGGACAAUUUUAAUCAGGAACUAUGUUGACAUACCGCUAGCCCUGCACUGAGGAAGUUGUAACCUACAGAAGCUGGGGCCUCUCCAGAGUUUUUUUUUUUUUCUUUCUUUUUCAGCAUUUCUCUGACCCAGCGAACUGUAUGUAAUCUUUCUAGCAAUGCUAGUAUAUUAUUCUUAAAUAGUCCAAUAGUUUAGGAGCACCUCAAAGUGACCUUAAAAUGUGUUCCUUGACUGGGUUAUUCUGCAGAAGUAAAUUAUUAAACAUGUAUUAACAUGUAAUUUCAAACUGUAUCCUCUGAAAUACCAAAAAACCCUAAACCAAGAUUUCUAGGUUGCUGGGCUUGUCUGUGGGGCAUGUAGCCUGUUGUACGAAGAUGAUUGUAACAUGGAGGAUUUGGGGUCCCCCAGUGUAACUAUGCAGACCAAUUGACUCACACUUGACUGUAGAUUUGAUCAUCUGUGAAGGUUUUUUUGUCCUUUUUACGGUUUUAUGUCACUCUUUGUCCUUUUCUGUUUUUAAUGAGAAAGAAAUAACAACGGUAAUGUAAAUAUUUGUAGUUGUUAAAAUCUCCAAGAUUUAAGAUGAAUAAAUUGUCGGGUCAUAAUAUUUUAACUUGUUUGAAAUUGAUUAUUUAUAAUGUGUGCGCCUCAUUGUUGGCAAAGUGCACUUGGAGACUUGUAAUAUUCUUGUAUGGAUGUAAAUAUACUGUAACAUGAUCCCUUAUGGCCCACAAUAUUGUAUCUUGAAUAAAUUGGGCAACUUGUCUUUUGCAAAUAUGUACAAAGUAUAUAUUUGUUUGCUAAAUGAACUUUGGACUUGUAAAUAAAGUGUUUCUUGUUUGUUA